AUGUCUGUAGCAACAAAUCUAACAAAUAAUUCUACUCAACUCGUGCGUACAAAUUGGUCGGGAGUCAAUUCCACUGCAGCGGCAUCACCCACAUCGACAAAUAAUACGCCUGUCACUCCAAUUUCGAUGACUUCGCCUUUAAUUUCCUCAUCAUUAACAACAGUAACUGAUCAAAAUAAUAAUACAAAUGUCAUGGCACAAUCGCCCUCGUCAGUGCAUAAUAAUGGCCGAUCUUUAUUUCAUUCAUCAUCAUUAAUGGCAUUGGAACGAACAAUACAAACGUAUCCUUUGACAAACUAUACAUUUGGAACGAAAGAUGCUUUGUAUGAACGUGAUAGUUCUGUCCAAGCAAGAUUUCAACGCAUGAGAGAAGAAUUUACAACGAUGGGAAUGCGACGUAGUGUCGAAGCGGUUCUCUUAGUUCAUGAACAUAAUUUACCUCAUGUACUUUUACUUCAAUUGGGCACGACAUUCUUUAAAUUACCCGGUGGAGAAUUAAACCCUGGUGAAGAUUCAAUUGAAGGUUUGAAACGUUUGUUAAACGAAACGUUAGGCCGACCGGAUUCUGUUCAACAGAAUACUUGGCUUGUGGAAGACGUCAUUGGCAACUGGUGGCGUCCUAAUUUCGAAGCACCACGUUAUCCAUACGUACCUGCUCAUAUAACUAAACCUAAAGAACAUAUAAGACUGUACCUCGUUCAACUUGGUGAAUCGUCGAUGUUUGCAGUUCCACGCAAUUACAAAUUAGUAGCCGCACCUCUGUUCGAAUUGUAUGACAAUGCUUCUGGCUAUGGUCCAAUCAUCUCAAGUUUACCACAAACAUUGAGUCGAUUCAACUUUAUUUAUAACUGA